AUGAUGAUGACAAAAGUAUAAAUUUAUUAAUUUUAGGAGCUCGAAGGUGAGAAAUUAUUUUGGUAUCAAUUUUUGAGGACCAAAUUCUAAAUUAUAAUCAAUAAUAAUGAAGAAAUCAAGUAUGUUACUGACGGCCAAAUAUUGAGAAUGUUAAUUUUAUUAAUUAAAAUUUAGUGAUCACAAUAAAGACCCUUAAAAACCUCCUGAAAUUCUAAAUAAUUUAGAACAGAUCAAAUAUCUUCAAUGGCAUGGAUAGUAUGGAUAGAAUCUAAAAAAAGUUGGAAAAUGGAAAACAUCUUGGAAAGGUCAAAUCUUAAAAAACAUAGGUGGUUAGUACACAGAAGAUGGAAAAAAAAUAGGGGCUUGGAGAGAAUUAAGAAGCAAUUAUACAGAGUAAGAGUUAGAUUUAAUAAUCAUAAUUGAUAGAUAAGCAUAAGUAUAUGAAGUAGGAGAGUAUUUUGAUGAUUAGAGAAUAGGAGAAUGGAAAUAUUUCUUUGGAGAUUAGGAAAUGUAUUAUUAUUUCCAUUUCUUUGUAGAGGUGGAGGAGAUUAUAAUGAACAAGGACUAAAGGAUGGAAACUGGAUAGAUUUGAGCGAAUUAUUUCAAAAGUAUAUAUGAGAUUAACACCUCAUAAGGGAUAAGCAAAUCACUUAUAAUGGAAUGUACAAUUUUGGUAAGAAAAUUGGUAGGUGGACUGAAUGUUUGAGGCAGAAUGGAUAUUAAUCAUUUACAGAGAUGUAUGAAUCACUUAUAAUUAUGAUUUAGUGGUGGAGGAUAUUAUGAUAAUCAAGGUAAGGAGUUGAAAGUUGGUAUAUGGAUAGAAUUAAUUGAUUUUCGAAAGUAAAAAGUGAUUAAGAAAUUAUUGUAUAAGAGAUAAAUAAGUCACAUUUAAUGGGUUGUAUUAAAAUGGUUAUAAAAUUGGUAGAUGGAAUAUAUUAAGUGAUGAAUAUCUCUCUGAUUCAUUUGAAAUUAUGUAUUAAUAUUAUGAAACAUUUGUAUUAAGCGGUGGUGGAUCGUAUGAUUAGCAAGGAUUAAAAAAUGGAAAAUGGAUUGAAUUAAAUGAUAGUUUUUUUAUGUAGAAAAUAAGCUAUUUAAAAUAGUGGAAACAAUAUCAAAUAUUGCGGUGAAUAUAAAAAAAGUGAAAAAGUUGGUAUUUGGGACUUAUAUUGGAGUGAUGAUAGAUAAGCAAAAUUGAUGUAAAAUACUUAUACUUAUUAAUUAACAAGUGGAGGUGGAUUAUUUGAAAUAGAGAACGGAUAACUUAAGAACGGAAAUUGGAUUGAUUCAAGUGAUAAUUUUGAAAAGUAGAUAAUUAUUAAAACUUAAAUUAGGUUUAGAUAAAUCACCAAUAAUGGUGUUUACAAAAAUGGGAAAAAAUUUGGUCAAUGGAAAACUUAUUGGAGAGAAUCAGCAAAAGACAAUUUUAUUUACUGGUAAGUGAAUUAAUAAUAGAUUUUAGUAGUGGUGGAAAUUAUCAUUAAUUUGAAUUUGGAAUUAAGGAAGGAAAAUGGACAGAGUUGAAUGAAACCUUUACGAAGUAUAAUGAUUUACACUUAUUAUUUAGAUCAAACUAAACUAUUUAUGAGGGGGAAUAUAAAAACAAUAAAAAAGUUGGACGAUGGAAUAUAUUACUUAGGAGAGAUCAUUCAUUAUUAGAAAAGAUGUAAUCUAUUUUAAUAUAUUUAAUUAUAAGUGGAGGAGGAAAUUAUAACUAUGAAAAUGGAUUAAAAUAAGGAAAAUGGAUUGAAUUGUGGGAUAAUUUUAGAGAGUAAAAAGAUAUGAACUAUGUUUUAGUGAUAGUUAAGUCACUUAUAAUGGCGAGUAUAAAAAUGGAUAGAGAAUAGGCAGGUGGGAUAUCUAUUAUAGAGAAAUCUUAGGUGAAAAUUUUGAAUUGAUGUAAGACAAUUAAUAAGUAACUUAAAAAUAGUGGUGGAGGAUCAUAUGACAUGUAGAAAUAAGGGAUUAAAUAAGGAAAUUGGAUUGAAUUGAGUGAUACAUUUUCGAAGUAUUUAUAUUGAGGAAUAUUUAGUUGGAGUUAAACCAUAUAUUAAGGUCAAUAUCUAAAUAGUAUGAAGGUUGGAAAAUGGGAGGAAAAAAAGAGAGAUUGCUAUGCAUUUAGCAAAAGGUUUGUCAAAAAGUAUUAUUCAUUCUAACAUAAUUUAGAAGGGAAAUGUUUUUUGAAGUAUGA